CCUGUGAAUUUUAAAUUAAAUUUUGUGUUAUUAUUGUUCAUCUCAUCACAAGGAUCAAGUUGAUACCAAAAUUAUGAUAAGUCAACUGUUGCUUUAGUUGUUUUUGUUACUCUUAAACUGAACCAUUUUUACCGUAAUAAUAUCCACCAUCUUUGUUUUCUUGGUAAGUUUUGUUUGUAAUUUGAUACAACUUUCUUUUCUCUAUCUCAAAUACAUACUUUAAAUACACACUUUAAAUACUAUACUUAAAAUACAACAAUAAACCUACUGAAAACCACCUUGCACAUAUACCUUUAAAAGUCAUUUAAAAGUUUUGAAAUUCUAAUAUUAUUUUCUCUUUUCAUAUCAAAUCUAAUGAGUUAACCAUUUGGACACUAUCUUAAUUUCACCUCAACACUUGGUACCUAAUUACAAUCAACGAAUUGGAUAUAUGGAGAAACAAAAUCAUCAAUCAACUUAAUUUGUAAAUUCUCUUUAAUAAUUUAUCUUUACCUAAAUUUUUGUAUUUCAAUCUUAUUGUAAUUUCCCUCUCCAAGUCGUCAGGCACGACUUUCCUCGCCAGGAGGAGCUACAGUACUUACCCUGUAGUUACAAUGUUAAAUCAUCACCUAGCGGUGAAAAUAAAUUCUUAACGUGGUUUUUAAUUUCUCAUUCAGUUUGUAAACACAAUCACAUUAACUAAUUUAAUUCCAUUUAAUUUUAAUCAUCUCUAAUUAAUAUUGAUCUCUCUUCAAUUAUCAAAGGUGUAACCAUGGAUUGUAAUCAAGUUCGUCAAAAGUUCAUUGAUUUUUUCAUCCAAAAAUAUAACCAUGAAUUUGUUCCUUCCUCAUCGGUAAUUCCACUCGAUGAUCCAACUUUACUAUUCGCAAAUGCUGGUAUGAAUCAGUAUAAGCCAAUUUUUCUUGGUACAUGUGAUCCAAAUAGUGACCAAGCUAAAUACAAGAGAACUUGUAACUCUCAGAAAUGUAUUCGUGCUGGUGGAAAGCAUAAUGAUUUAGAUGAUGUUGGUAAAGAUGUUUAUCAUCAUACCUUUUUCGAAAUGUUGGGUAACUGGUCUUUCGGUGAUUAUUUUAAGAAGGAAAUUUGCUCAUGGGCAUGGGAAUUAUUAACCAAAGAAUAUGGUUUAGAAAAGGAUCGACUCUAUGUUACCUAUUUCGGUGGUUCAACUGAAGCAGGUUUAGAACCGGAUGACGAAUGUAAAUCCAUUUGGAUAAACGAUCUUGGCCUUGAUCCAUCUAAAGUUAUUCCAGGAAGUAUGAAGGAUAAUUUCUGGGAAAUGGGAGACACUGGACCAUGUGGACCUUGUUCUGAAAUACAUUAUGACAGAAUUGGAGGUCGAAAUGCUGCUCAUCUUGUGAAUAUGGAUGAUCCCGAUGUUCUUGAAAUUUGGAUGGUGUUUAUCCAAUUUAAUCGAGAACAAGAUUCAUCCCUUAAACCAUUACCUAAGAAACAUGUUGAUACUGGUAUGGGUUUUGAACGAAUCACCUCAGUCAUUCAAAAUAAACGCUCCAAUUACGAUACGGACAUUUUUGUACCCAUAUUUGAAGCGACCGCUCAAAUGACCGGAUGUCGUCCAUAUACUGGUAAAGUUGGAGCCGAAGAUGUAGACGGUAUUGACAUGGCUUAUCGUGUCAUCGCCGAUCACGCAAGAACCUUAACCGUUGCUCUAUCAGACGGCGGUCGGCCCGAUAAUGUUGGCCGGGGCUACGUUUUGCGACGUAUUUUACGUCGAGCUGUUCGGUAUGGUACUGAAAAGCUCGGUGCGAAACCAGGAAUGUUUGCAUCUUUGGUUCCGGUUGUGGUCAACAUUUUGGGUGGAUUUUUCCCUGAAAUGAAAAAAGAUCCACAAACAGUGAUUGACAUAAUUAACGAAGAGGAAACUCAAUUUCUUAAAACCCUAUCAAGAGGCCGUCGUCUUCUCGAAAGGACAAUCACAAAACUUGGUGAUAAUAAAGUUCUACCGGGUGAUAUUGCUUGGAGACUUUAUGAUACUUAUGGUUUCCCUCUCGAUUUAACUCAUUUAAUGGUUGAAGAGAAAAAUUUAUCCAUCGAUAUGGUUGGUUAUGAAGCAGCUAAAGCUAAAGCUCAAGCAUCAUCACAAUCAAAGAUCACAAGUCAACACUCACCAAUCGAAUUAAAUGUCCAUUCAAUUGCUGAGCUAAAAGAACAAUUGAAAGUUCCCCUUACUAAUGAUGAUCCUAAAUACGAUUAUAAAGCAAAUAGUGAUGAACCAAAUGCCGAAUAUAUUUUUCCACCCUGUUCUGGUCGUAUAUUGGCUCUACGUAAGGAUGCAUCAUUUGUCGACUCGGUUGACUCAGGAACGGAAUGUGGUGUCAUCUUGGAUACAACAUGUUUCUAUGCUGAAGCUGGUGGUCAAAUUUUCGACACUGGUUUUAUGACCAAAGAUGGUCAAAGUGGUGAUGAUGAAGACUGUGAAUUUGAAGUGCGAGAUGUCAAAUGUCAAGGGGGUUACAUUGUACAUUUAGGAAAUGUGGCAUCCGGAUGUUUAAAGAUUGGAGAUGUAAUGAAAUUACAAAUUGAUCAACAUCGUCGAAAAUCAGUUAUGAACAAUCAUACUGGAACUCAUGUUCUAAACUAUGCUUUAAGAGCUGUAUUGAAGACUGAAAAUGAACAAAGAGGAUCUUUGGUUGCACCAGAUCGAUUGAGAUUCGAUUUCACCAAUAAAGGUCCAAUGAGUCCAAUUCAAGUGAAAGAAACUGAACAAACUUCACAAAAAGUUAUCGAAAAAAAUGAGAUUGUUUAUGCCGCUGAUGCUACUCUUCCAAAGGCCAAAGAAAUAAAAGGAUUGAGAGCUGUUUUCGACGAGGCUUAUCCUGAUCCCGUUCGAGUUGUUUCCAUCGGUGUUCCAAUUGAUUCACUUCUCACCAAUCCUGAAAGCGAUGCUGGUCUGGAAACUUCCGUUGAAUUUUGCGGUGGAACACAUCUCAAGAGAAGUGGACACAUCGGCGAUUUCGUAAUCUCAAGUGAAGAAGCGAUAUCGAAAGGAAUCCGUCGUAUAAUAGCCUUAACUGGACCAGAAGCGACUCGAGCAAUUAAAAAAGCUGCUCUUUUCCAAACUGAAGCUGAUAAAAUAGCAGAACAAGUUAAAUCAGCUACCAAUGCAAUUGAACAGAAAAAAUUGGUUAAAAGUAUCGUUGAAUUAAUUGAAGAGGUAUCACAAUCAAACAUCUCAUAUUGGAAGAAAGAUGAACUUCGAAACAAUUUAAAUGCAUCUAAAAAGAAACUGGAUGAUGCUGAUCGAGCAUCAAAAGCUGCUAAUUUAAACCAAGUCACGGAAACAGUUAAAGCUUUAGCCGAAAGUCUAAAAGAUACACCGUUUGUCGUUAAAGCUUUGGAAGCUGGUAGUAAUGCUAAAGCUCUUGAUGCCGCUGUUAAACAAAUCAAAUCAAUCUCUCCAAAAACCGCAGCCAUGUUCAUCAGUUGUGAUGACAAGAAGAUAAUUUGUUUAGCCUCAGUUCCCUCUGAAUUGAUUUCAUCAUCCGGAUUAAAAGCCAAUGAAUGGGUUCAACAAUUAAGCCCAAUCAUUAACGGUAAAGGCGGCGGAAAGCCCGAAUCAGCUCAAGCCUCAGGAACCAAUGUAACUGCGAUAACUGCUGCAGUUGAAGCUGCUCAAGCUUUUGCUAAAUUGAAAAUCAAUUAACUCAAUAAUAUUUAUCGUCUAUUUUAAUUAUCAGAAAAAAAUAAGGAAAAUAUCUAAAAACCUAUUAAGUGAGUCUUCUGGUAAAACAAAAGAAAACAAUUAUCAUUUCAUCUUGUGAAAUAAAUUGCGAGUAAAUUAAAUUUUACAAUGUAAGAAGUAA